GUAACGGUAUAAUCAACCAAUAGGAAUGAAAUACGAUUCAUAAUGUUGGUUUCCAAAAUAAAUCAGCAUGCUUAUUCAGCAUUGAACAAGAUUACACAUAUUCUUGUUCAGUGAGGAGUUUGUGAAAAUUUUUAUAGCACAUUGCAAUACUCUAGAGUGUUUUAGAAUAUUAACGUUGUUUUACAAGAAUGUCAAAUAAAACAAUUGUUCUUGCUUACAGUGGUGGACUAGAUACCUCGUGUAUUUUAGUUUGGCUGAAAGAACAAGGUUAUGAUGUUAUUGCAUACCUGGCAAACAUUGGGCAAGAUGAAGAUUUUGAAGCAGCUAGAGAGAAGGCUACUAAUUUGGGAGCCAAGAAGAUUGUCAUUGAAGACCUGCGAGAGAACUUUGUCACUGAGUUUAUUUUUCCUAUGAUUCAAGCUGACUGUAUUUAUGAAGAUCGUUAUCUGCUUGGAACAUCCAUUGCUCGUCCUUGUAUUGCUCGUGGCCAAGUUAAAGUUGCUUUAGAUGAAGGUGCUGAAUAUUUAUCUCAUGGAGCCACAGGGAAGGGAAACGAUCAAAUUCGGUUUGAGCUCUCGUAUUAUUCUCUUUUUCCAAAGGCGAAAGUGAUUGCACCCUGGAGAAUGGAUGUUUUCAUUGAAAAGUUCAAGGGAAGAACAGACUUAUUUAACUAUGCAAAGGAAAAUGGCAUACCUUUGCCUGUUACACCCAAGAACCCAUGGAGCACAGAUGAGAAUCUUAUGCACAUUAGCUAUGAAUCUGGAAUUUUAGAAAAUCCUAAGACGGAGGCACCUCGAGAUAUUUGUAAAAGAACAACUCAUCCUGAAGAUGCACCAGAUAAGCCGGAAAGAUUUGAAAUUGAAUUCAAGAAAGGUAUUCCUGUUCGCGUGUUGAGCCACAACGACAAGAAAUGCACAAAUAAACCACUGGAAAUCUAUCAACAUUUAAAUGAAAUUGGAUCGCGUCAUGGUGUAGGGAGAAUUGAUAUUGUUGAAAAUCGAUUUGUGGGAAUGAAGUCUCGAGGCAUAUACGAAACGCCUGCUGGAACCAUACUGCGAGAGGCACAUCUGGAUAUUGAAAACAUCACAAUGGAUAAGGAAGUAAGAAAAUUAAAGCAAUUCCUUGCCAACCAAUUUUCUUACUACAUCUACAACGGAUUUUGGUUCAGCCCCGAAGGCAACUUUGUUCGUGAUUGUUUGGCAAAAAGUCAGGAAAAUGUUGAGGGAAUUGUACAAAUGCAAGUCUACAAAGGCCAUGUAUAUAUUCUUGGUCGAGAAUCAAAAACUUCUCUGUACAAUGAAGAUUUAGUCAGCAUGGAUGUUUUAAGCGACUACAAUCCUGAAGAUGCAGCAGGAUUCAUAAGAAUCAAUGCUCUUCGACUUAGAGAAAAUACAAGACUGCGAAAAAUCACGGAGAAAAUGAAAUGAUUAUGUGAUUUGCAUUGAGCUAAUGUCUAUUUUGUUAUUGAUGUGAUAGUUUGAUUAUUGCCUGGAAUAAAGUGCAGUUAUUUUAUUCAAUUAGAAA